AUGGGGUGUCCUUUCAUGAGAAAUCCCACUGAUAUCGAGGCACAGCUGAUUCGCCCAGCUUUAUCUCACGAGAGGGUUUUGCGACCCCGUUUAGACAUACUGUCAUUCCCAGAUGAACACCUAAUAGAAAGGUAUCGGUUUUCUUCACAGUCACUUACAUACCUCAACAAUAUCCUACGGCCUUUCAUCGGCAAUAUCACUCAACGCGGGCAUGUGCUGAAAUCAGAACAAAUUUUGUGCAUUGCUCUACGCUUUUUUGCCAAUGGAAAUUUCCUAUACAACAUCGGUGAUGCAGAAAACAUAGGCAAAGCGACAGUUUGCAGAACCAUUAGAAAAGUGUGUCUUGCACUUAAACGUCUGCUGCACAAUUUUGUAGUUUUCCCCGGGUACAAACCUGUCAAUGCCUUUAAAGAGGAAAUCUACAGGAUUGCAGGGUUUCCUAAUGUAAUUGGCUGCAUUGAUGGAACCCCGAUUCCCAUUACCGCUCCUUCAGUAAAAGAAGGAGACUAUGUGAAUAGGAAGUCUUUUCAUAGCAUUAGUGUGCAGAUCAUAUGUGAUGCUGCACAUUUGAUAACAAAUGUAGAAGCAAAAUGGCCCGGAUAUGUUCGGGAGUCCACUGUGAGCACCAGACUAGGAAAUGGAGAGUUUGUAUGCCACCUUCUGGGAGACAGAGGAUAUCCUUGUCUACCUCAUCAGAUAACCCCUUACCCAGACCCAGAACCAGGCCCACAACAACGCUUCAAUAUAACCCACAGCAGGACCAGAGCACGGGUUGAAAUGACAAUUGGCGUGCUCAAAGCAAGGUUUCAGUGUCUGCGUAAACUCAGAGUAACCCCUGAAAGAGCAUGCGACAUCAUUGUAGCAUGUGUUGUUCUUCAUAAUAUUGCUACAAUCAGAGGAGAGCAGCACCCUGCCAUACAAACUGAAAAUGAUGACCCCAUCCCUCCGGCAGAUGUCCUGGAUGGCAGGGCUAUGACCACAACCAGCACCAUGGUCAUCAUCACUACAGUCAUCAUCACCAUGCUGUAG